GCCUCCUGGGCGCGCGCUAGUCCAGGCCCGCUGUGACGUCAGACUCCGCUCAGAGCGCGCGCGCCGUCAGUCAGGAAAAGGGGGUGAAGAAGAUGGCGGACGUGGACGAUCAGCUGUCCGACGAGGACAAGGUACGUGUAGCUGCAAAAUUCAUCAUUCAUGCUCCGCCUGGAGAGUUUAAUGAAGUGUUUAAUGAUGUUCGGCUCCUGCUUAACAACGAUAAUUUGCUCAGGGAAGGUGCUGCUCAUGCCUUUGCACAAUACAACUUGGAUCAGUUCACCCCGCUUAAAAUUGAAGGCUAUGAAGAUCAGGUAUUAAUAACAGAGCAUGGAGAUCUUGGUAAUGGAAGAUUCCUAGAUCCUAAGAACAAGAUUUCAUUCAAAUUUGAUCACUUGAGAAAGGAGGCAAGUGACCCUAGACCCUAUGAAGGAGAAAAUGCCAUAGAGUCUUGGAGGAACGUCAUUGACACUGCAGUGAGAUCCUAUGUGAAAGAUCAUUAUCCAAGUGGAGUUUGUACUGUGUAUGGCAAAACAAUAGAUGGGCAACAAACGAUAAUUGCAUGCAUCGAAAGUCAUCAGUUUCAAGCUAAGAAUUUCUGGAAUGGACGGUGGAGGGCAGAAUGGAAGUUUACAAUCACACCAUCCACUACAAAGGUGGUCGGCAUUCUAAAAAUUCAGGUUCAUUAUUAUGAAGAUGGUAAUGUUCAGCUCGUGAGCCAUAAAGAUAUUGCGGAGUCGCUAACGGUGACGAAUGAAGUUCAAACUGCAAAGGAGUUUAUUAAAAUUGUAGAGGAUGCUGAAAAUGAGUACCAGACUGCAAUCAGCGAAAACUACCAGACUAUGUCGGACACUACUUUCAAAGCCUUACGCCGGCAGCUGCCAGUGACACGCACCAAGAUUGACUGGAACAAGAUUCUUAGUUACAAAAUUGGCAAAGAGAUGCAAAAUGCCUAACGUGAACAUUGCAUGACUGGAUGAUUUUAGUGUCUGUGCAUAUAAAUAAACAUGGUUACAAAAGUAUUUGGAACUGCCAACUCGCCUGGUCAGCAUGGCCCUUGCUCUAAAAUAGGACAUCACUAGAUUCCAAUAAUUCAGCUACAGCACAACAUUUCCCAUAUUAGUUUCAUUACAAUGUGUUUACAUUGGGGGUGCUAUAUGUGCUGUAUAUGAUUAGUCCCCAUAAAGCAGUUAGGAGAAGACCUAAAAACAAGCACUCUGUAAGGAAAGACUUGUCGGUACAGUACUACACUCCAUUAUGCCAGCUCUAGAAGAAGGCUCUUCAGUGUGGCUUUGCCAUUUGUCUGAAUACUUUAUUGUACCUUUUUAUAUUUUGCUAAUUUGAACUAACCCCCCGAAGAGUCAAUAAAGUAAAAUUAAGGCCACGCUCCCCUCUCUCUCUCGUUCUGAAAUUGAUAAAUCAGUCAUUGCUUAAAUAUAUAUGAAAUGCUUUCUUCCCAUGACAGCUAUUCAAAUUGGCUUGAACUCCAUCUGCCCUUAACUCUUAUUUUAUUACAUAGCCGCCGAUGUAUUAUAACAAGGCAAAUUGUAAUAUAUAUAUAAUCCUGUACUCCUCAUGUCUGUCAGUUUAUUUUUUCUGUUUCUGCACUUGAUGUAUUACAAUUCAAUGUGACAUUAAAAUGCAGAUUUUCUAUUCCG